AUGGAUUCCAUUCAAGAUCAACCGACAAAGUCUCGAAUAAAAGUAUGUAUUCCCGAACGACCCAGGGAUUACGUGCCUGGCAGCGGUCCGCCGUUACAACCGAUCAGCUUGCUUCCGCCGAAGGACUCAACAGCUUAUAUACUUGAAAGAAUCAUCCUACCUUCGUCGGGUUUGGCUGCGGAUGGAACCCCGUUACCUAGAAGGAUGACAUACAUCGUGACAUGGAGCGAUCUGCCCGCGGCGCAGAUGUUAGUACCUGCCAUGGAUAUUCUGGAUUACGUUUCGCCGCGAGAGUUGGAAGAGUGGGAAUUCAAGAAUACGGAAGAGCAGAUGGAGAAUGAAGCUAUACAAAAACAGCAGGCCCAGGCUGGCGAAGCGCCUAAGAAGAGACGUGGACGACCGCCCAAGCACAGCAAGAUAGAAACUGCUGUUGUGGCGCCGGACGAAGAAGAGACCAUGGUGCGCGGUGCAAUGACGAUACAAACGCCGGCGAAAGACAGGUUACAGGACUUUGAAGGGUUGUCGGAUGAAGAUUCGACACCGGUGGGAACGUUGCAAUGGGAAACGACUGGAGAGUCUGCAACUGGUGAGUCAGUUGGGACGCAAGAGCAAGGAUUUGAUGAUGGAAGCGAGAAUUUUGACAAUACACCCGUUGCGCAAAGCAUGCUACAUCCUGUGAGCAAGAACCUUUUCAAUGGCCUACCCAGUCUACGACCUACACUCGAAAACAAGUCGAGUUCACAGCCCAGUAUCUCGCAAACACCAGUACCUCUGCCACCGCAGGCCUUCAUGACAAACUCGGGAAAACAGAAGUCCGUUGCGGCUGGAGAGGAGCCCGAGGCGGAACUUGAUGCCGAGCCUGAGGUCGAGCAGGCCGACUGGGAAGUCAAGCGCAUCGAAGACAUGGAGAUCUACGAUGUCGAGGGUGGCCAAGUACGCUAUUUCAAGGUCCGUUGGGAGGGAGACUGGCCACCAAACCAGAAUCCCACAUGGGAGCCUGAAGACAAUCUCCCUGCCCAACUCAUUCGCAAUUAUCUCAAGAGGGGAAAGAGAAAACGUACUGAAAGCAAGACGCCGAAAAGGCCAGCUGCUGCACAACCGGCUGUAGCACCUUCAUAUCCUAAGAAAAAGUCCAUGAAGCAAACGACACUAUCUUGGGGUGUCCCUGCGAAGCAAUACAAGAGCGUUUCCGAAGCCUUUGAAGGGUUUGAAGAGGAUGAGCUUGGUCUACCACCACCAAGGGAGACACCAGUUGAAGAAGAGCAAGACGACGAAUUAUUUAUCGUAGAAGAACCGCCGGUAAAGAAAAGCCGCAUGAAGACAUGGAUUGGCAACAGUCUAGAUCUCACUUGA